CCUUUAGAUAGCCAUCCAUCCUUUAUCAAAAUGGCCAAGCGUACUAAUAUAGUCGGAAUCACCGGAAAGUACGGUACCCGUUAUGGUGCCUCCCUCAGAAAGCAGGUGAAGAAGAUGGAAAUCACCCAGCACGCCAAGUACACCUGUACUUUCUGCGGUAAGGACGCUGUCAAGCGUACUGCUGUUGGUAUCUGGAAGUGCAAGGGCUGCAAGAAGACCAUGGCCGGUGGUGCUUACACCGUUUCCACCACUGCUGCUGCCACUGUUAGAUCCACUGUCCGUCGUCUCCGUGAGUUGGCCGAAAUCUAAAAAGUUUCAACGCAAAAAAUACACCAACACCAACACCAACACGCGUACCAGCACCAGCACCAGCACCAACAACAAUAUCAACCUCACCAUCACAAACAAUCGUUAUACAUUUAAGUUUUGGACAUCUCAGUUGUGCGUUAAAACAAAAAUGGAAAUUUUCCAAAAUAAAGAAAAAAACACAAUUAAAACAU